AUGGCUACCAAAGACAUUUCUAGUGAGGUUUUGCGAAACCCGGAACUUUAUGGCCUAAGAAGGUCAGGAAGGGCAAGCUCAGGCCAACAACCAAGGUAUGUUUCCGAUGAUGACGACGGCGACGUUGUAACGAACAGACGGUCGCGUCAGCCAAAGAACGAAGAUGGGGACUUUUCGGAUGAAACUGAACCCGAGGAGAACGAUGAGGACGAAGAUGAUGAUGACGACGACCCAAACGCCGACGAUUAUUACGCUGCACCCAGAAAAGCGGUGAAAAAAAAGUCUCAAAAGGCGCCCAAGGCUAAAAGUAGCUCAGAAGAUGUCUCAUUACCUACGCGGUUUUCUUCUAGAAACAGCAAGACUGUCAAUUACAAUAUAGACUAUUCCGAUGAAGAUCUGCUGGAAUCAGAUCUAGAAUUGGAUGAAGAUGAUGAAGACCUGGAGACGUACGAGAACACACCGACGCCUGCGUCGCAAAAUGAGCGCGGUGUUGAUUUGGUGGUUACGCAUAGAGUGAAAGAAGGCGUUGACGUUAAGCCAGGUGUUCCUGAUAUGCCUACAUGCAAAGAAGAGUACCAGUUUCUCAUAAAGUGGAGCGAUGAGUCUCAUUUGCAUAAUUCGUGGGAAUCCUACGCGGAUUUGACACAUGUAAGAGGCGUGAAAAAGGUUGAUAAUUACAUCAAGCAGUUUGUGAUUUUAGAUAAACAAAUUCGCGAAGAUCCUUAUUCAACAGCAGAAGAUAUUGAAAUCAUGGACAUAGAGCACGAGCGCCGGUUGGAUGAAUUUGAAGAAUUGAAGCAGCCCGAACGUGUCAUCGACAGUGACAGAGUAACUUUAGAAGAUGGGACCAGUCAACUUCAAUAUCUUGUAAAAUGGCGUCGACUGAACUACGACGAAGCUACUUGGGAAGUUGCCUCAGAAAUCGUUAAACUGGCUCCAGAACAAGUUAAACAUUUUCAAAGCAGAGUAAACUCCAAGAUCUUACCACAGAAUUCUAAUUUCUGCGGCACGUCGAGGCCCCGCUUCGAAAAGCUUAAUUCACAGCCUGCGUUCAUCAAGGGCGGUGAGCUCAGGGAUUUUCAGCUGACGGGUAUAAAUUGGAUGGCAUUUUUGUGGUCCAAAAAUGACAAUGGGAUCUUGGCUGAUGAAAUGGGUUUAGGUAAGACGGUUCAAACCGUCGCUUUCAUUAGUUGGCUUAUUAAUGCCAGAAGACAAAACGGACCACACAUGGUCGUGGUGCCCUUAUCGACAAUGCCCGCGUGGCAAGAGACAUUCGAGAAAUGGGCCCCUGACCUAAAUUGCAUAUAUUAUAUGGGGAAUCAGAAGUCUCGAGAUGCGAUCAGAGAGUCUGAAUUUUACACCAAUCCCAUGGCCAAGGGCAAAAAGAAUCCAAAAUUCAAUGUUCUUCUUACGACCUACGAGUAUAUCUUGAAGGAUUGCUCAGAGUUAGGUUCAAUAAAAUGGCAAUUUUUAGCUGUGGAUGAAGCCCACAGAUUGAAAAAUGCCGAGUCUUCCCUAUACGAAUCUCUCAACAGUUUCAAGGUCGGGAAUCGACUACUUAUCACCGGUACACCCCUUCAGAAUAAUAUCAAAGAACUUGCAGCCCUGGUAAAUUUCUUGAUGCCUGGCAGAUUUACAAUUGAUCAAGAAAUUGAUUUCGAAAAUCAAGAUGAAGAGCAAGAGCAAUAUAUCAGAGACCUCCACACGAGAUUACAACCCUUUAUUCUACGGCGUCUGAAAAAGGAUGUAGAGAAAUCUCUUCCAUCUAAGACAGAGCGGAUUUUGAGAGUUGAACUAUCUGAUGUUCAAACGGAUUACUACAAAAAUAUUCUAACUAAAAACUACACUGCUCUUUCUGCUGGCUCGAAAGGGGCUCAUUUUUCGUUACUCAAUAUCAUGAACGAAUUGAAGAAAGCGUCGAAUCACCCCUACUUGUUCGAUAGCGCCGAAGACCGUGUCUUGGCCACAUUUGGAGACGGAAAAAUGACGCGAGAAAAUGUUCUUAGGGGUCUCAUUAUGUCUUCUGGUAAAAUGGUACUUCUUGAUAAACUUUUAACGAGACUGAAAAAGGAUGGUCAUCGUGUUCUAAUUUUCUCCCAAAUGGUACGGAUGUUAGACAUAUUGGGGGACUAUUUAACCAUCAAAGGUGUCAAUUUCCAGCGAUUAGAUGGUACUGUGCCCUCGGCUCAGCGUAGGAUAUCCAUCGAUCAUUUCAACGCCGCUGAUUCCAAUGACUUCGUAUUUCUGCUGUCGACAAGAGCGGGUGGAUUGGGCAUCAAUCUCAUGACAGCGGAUACCGUGAUCAUUUUUGACUCCGACUGGAACCCUCAAGCAGAUCUUCAAGCAAUGGCUCGUGCCCAUCGUAUUGGCCAAAAGAAACAUGUCAUGGUUUAUAGAUUUGUUUCCAAAGACACCGUGGAGGAAGAAAUUCUGGAAAGAGCGCGCAAAAAAAUGAUUUUGGAGUACGCAAUCAUAUCUUUAGGUGUCACAGAUGGUACUAAUCUCGCGAGAAGCAAAAAGAAUGAACCAUCCGCUGGAGAGCUUUCGGAAAUUUUGAAAUUUGGAGCCGGGAACAUGUUUAAAGCCAAUGACAACCAAAAGAAACUGGAAGACCUUAAUUUGGAUGAUGUCUUGAACCAUGCGGAAGACCACGUAACCACGCCGGAAAUUGGUGAAUCUCAUCUGGGCGGUGAGGAAUUUUUACGUCAGUUCGAGGUUACCGACUACAAGGCUGACGCCGAGUGGGAUGAUAUAAUACCGGAAGAAGAGUUGAAAAAGCUAAAGGACGAAGAGCAAAAAAGACAGGACGAAGAGUAUGUCAAGGAACAGCUACAAAUGAUGAACCGGAGAAAUAAUGCCCUCAAUAAAAUCAAGGAUAGUGUGCGAGGAGGAAGUGCUCCACCUAAUGACAGUUCGCCCGCAGGAAGCCGCUCAGGUAGGAAAAGAGAAAAAGCAGACGAUUUAGAGCUAUUUGGAGAAAGAGAAAUUAGAGCGAUGUACAAAGCAAUUGUCAAAUUCGGAUCAUUGGAAGAUAGAUUUGACGAGCUUAUUGCAGACGGGUCGUUGCCGGUGAAAUCUAUCGACAAAUACAAGUCCAUAUAUGGGGAAAUGGUGACCGCUGCCAAAAAAGUCUUCAAGGAAGAAGAUACUAAGCGCAACGAAGCUCUGAAAUCUCUAGAAAAGGAAGUUCAAGCCUACAAGGACAAACUGAAGGCCACUGGCGCAGAACACGAUGACAAGGAUAAAAGUACCCCAAUAGCAAGGCUGGCUGCGAAAAGAAAGGACAAAAGGGCUGUUCUCUUUGAAUUCUAUGACGCUCGUGGACUGAAUGCGGAAAUACUUGUCAAUCGUCCUGCCGAAAUGCACUUCUUGCACAGCUUCCUACAGAACAAUUAUCCAUCUGAUUUUCUUGCUUUCAAAUUCGUGAAUAAGUCACCAAAGCCGGUUCAGAACUGGAACUGUCAGUGGACGAAGGAUGAUGAUGAGAGGCUGCUUGUAGGAGUGGAAAAAUAUGGCUAUGGAUCCUGGGCUCAGAUAAGAGAUGAUCCAUUUCUUGGCCUGACGGAAAAAAUGUUUCUCAGCGAUUCGCAGGCCAAUGCGAACGGCGCAAGCGGUGACAAAAAGGGCGGCGUCAAGAAGGUUCCGGGUUCUGUCCACUUAGGGCGUCGUGUUGAUUACCUGUUCUCGGUGCUCAAAGACGAGAUGAAUUCCGGAGUGUCUGGGAACGGUGUAAGCUCUUCUGCACCGAACGGGUCAAGUGCGUCCAAAAAACGUGUCAAGAAGAAUUCUCCUUCCAGCAGAAGCUCGACUCCCGACACGAAGAGGCUCAAAAAGAGCGCAAAUUCACAUUCAGCGCAUGGUUCUCCGCCCGCAUCCACACAAACUCCCAGAAACGUUAAGGGCAAAGGCCCCAAAGAAAUGGGUACCGAUAAAUCUUACGAUAACAUGGAGGAAACAGAAUGCAAAGAGACAAUGCAGCCAGUGCGCAAGUCUUUGCAACGAUUAAGUCGCGGCGGUAAGGGCCUUGACCGUAAAGAAUGGGCCAAGAUUCUCAAGAAAGAACUGCAAACUGUUGGCGAUCAUAUUGAGUCUAAGAAAUCAUCCUCCAGUAAACAGCCUGCUGGUAAAUUCAAGAAAACCUUGUGGGCGUUUAGCGCACAAUUUUGGCCGGCAGAGGUGAACAGCUCCAAAUUGGAAGCCAUGUACCAAAAGAUUGUGGCUAGUUCUGCUCCCCAAUAG